AUGUCCAUCACAACAGCCGCUAGCAUGGGUGGAGUGACGACGACCACGGCGGUGAUCUCUCUGUGGUUCGGCCUGCUGGAAGCCCAGUUCCGGAACAAGGGAGUGCUGAGAGAGGUAGACAAGUUUUAUCGCACGAUCUCCCUUCUUGACACUAAAUCGGCAGCCGAGGUUGAGGACCUAAUCCUACGCCCACCUGCCGAUGUUCCCUACCAGACCCUGAGAAAUAAACUGAUCAGCUGUUUUUCGAAAUUUAGGGAGGCUGCGUAUCUCCAAUUGCUCGACAGAGAGAGCCUUGGAGAUCGCAAACCGUCUCAACAUUUUCGCCACCUGAAAAGCUUAGUGUCAGGUAUCGACGAGGAGGUGUUGAAGGUGCAGAUUCGUGGCAUCGUUGCAGGGCAGACAUCACAGGACAUCGAUUCCCUCACCGAGUUAGCCGAUCGCAUCCACGCGGUGUAUCACCCGGCCUUGGUUUGCGUUGUCUCCAGCGCACCGAACCUGCAACAGGACAUCGCUCAGUUCACGAAGCAGGUUGCAGCACUCACGGCCACCAUCAGUUCCCUGCGAGAGCGGCAGUCGAGGCCACGCUCCAAGAGCAGACCCGGUCCCAGGGGUAGAUCGGCAAGCAGCUCACGUUCUCGUAAAAUGUCCACCAAAUUCGAUGACUGCUGGCGGCCUCAGGCCCUCCGGACUUUCACUGGAUUUCAGCUAGCUGCAGCGAACGGCAUGCCGAUUAGAACCUACGGAUGUAUCUCAAUAGCUCCUGAUCUUGGUCUCUGCAGGGAUUUCACCUGGCAGUUUAUGGAGGCAGACGUGACCAAGGCCAUCAUUGGGGCUGACUUCCCGGCGCAUUUUCACCUGCUACCUGACCUGACGAACAAAUGUCUCCUUGACGGAACCACCGGGCUCACGACUUCGACCGGAGUUUUGAAUUGCAAGGUAAUGUCGGUCAAGGUGCAAUCAAUCAGCGCAGACUCUCCAUUCGCGGCAAUUCUGAACGAGUUCCUGGCGAUCACAAAACCCGGCGGUUUACAACGGAAGACGGCGCCGCACAGCACGGUCCACCACAUCCGGACAACACCUGGACCGCCGAUUUCCAGUCGCGUACGGCGGUUAGCGCCAGACGAACUGAAGAUCACCGAAGCGGAGUUCCACAGCAUGCUAUACCUGGAGGAUUUCUCCACCAAUCUACAUGGGAAACACAUCUUUCCCAUGAUCGACCUGGUGAAGGCGUUCAACCAGAUACCUGUCAACCCAGAUGAUAUCGAGAAGACGGUCAUCAUCACGCCGUUCGGCCUGUUCGAGUUCCCCUACAUGACGUUCGGGCUCCGCAAUGCCGCUCAAACCUUCCUGUGGUUCAUCGACGAGGUCACAUGGGAUUUGCCUAUCGUUUUUCCAUACAUAGACGACAUCGUCGUGGCCUCAGUCGACGAGGAAGAGCAUGGCGAGCACUUGAGGAUUCUUUUCCAACGUCUCCAGGACUACGGGCUGAUCAUCAAUGUGGCCAAGUCCUUCCUGGAUCAAAAGGAAGUCGUCUUCUUGGGCCACACCGUCAGCAGUGCUGGAAUCAAGCCUCCGUAG